AUGGAUGGAUGGAUGCAAGCAGAGUAUCGUGGCCACACGCACAGGACAGCGGUGUCGAGUGACAUGGCCGCCCCAAGGACGGGAUUCCUCGUCGAGGGCCAUGGAGAGGAUAGGGCUGGCAGGCCAAUUGCACAACGACCAUGGCCACGGGCCCAAUGGGGCAGCACUGCGGAGGCUAGGGUGGCGCGAGCGCUCGUUGUGGUCGGCAUCACGACAAGGCCAAUCGACUUGAUAGCGUGCAGUCGAUGUUUCAAUCAUGCGCUGGUCCAAGCGCAGCGAUGCGGACGGCAGCAGCGGCGGCGGUGCGCGGAACCAUCGGCAAGAAGCCGCGGCCCUUGCUCGGGCAAAUGCGACCUGCGAUCACCCACUAGCCUGGCCGUCAUCCUUGCACCAGUCGUCUGGACAGGCGUGCUCACGCCCCAGGCGGGUCGCUCAAGGCUUUCCACUAGUUCAUGGCAUGCACGUCAGUCGUUAGGGCCAUCUCUCCAGGGCACACGGAUCUCCCACCCGCUGCGUCAAGGCGCACAGUUUGUCCUGUCAGGCUCACCUGGGUUAGACGAUCGAGGCAGCGGCAGUGUCAAGUGUCCAAACGGACAGGCCCGAGUCCUUCCCCGCCCGCUGACGACGUGGAUGAACCAUGUUCCCUGCCCUCCUACCUACUUGCACGCCCACACCCACACCCACACCCACACCCCCAUACACACAUUACAUACAACAUUAUGUGACAAUGCGGUCGCCCUUGGCUAUGGUCGCAUCUAUCAAACGCAUGCACUCCUCUAG